CUUUAGGACGCGACUGGCGUAGCUUGUCUUUGAUCUAGUAUAUAAAAUUAGUCACACGGAAUCCGUUAAGUUCAGGUGUUGAGAGAGCGACUCAUCUGACAACCCCGACAUGCCUGAGCAGAGUAAUGACUACCGUGUGGUGGUUUUUGGAGCAGGUGGUGUGGGCAAGAGCUCGCUUGUGCUCCGCUUUGUAAAGGGCACCUUCCGGGACACCUACAUCCCCACAGUCGAGGACACCUACAGACAGGUGAUCAGUUGUGACAAGAGCGUCUGCACACUGCAAAUCACAGACACCACGGGAAGCCAUCAGUUCCCUGCCAUGCAGCGCCUAUCCAUCUCCAAGGGCCACGCCUUCAUACUGGUCUACUCUAUCACCAGCAAGCAGUCAAUGGAAGAGCUGAAACCCAUCUACCAGCAGAUACUGGCCAUCAAAGGUAGCAUGGAGAACAUCCCUAUUAUGCUGGUAGGCAACAAGAGCGAUGAGACUCAAAGGGAGGUGGCAACCAAUGAUGGUGAGACUCAGGCCAAUGCAUGGAAGUGCGCCUUUAUGGAGACAUCAGCCAAAACCAACCACAAUGUCACUGAGCUUUUUCAAGAGCUUCUCAACCUGGAGAAGAAACGCAACAUGAGUCUAAAUAUUGAUGGCAAACACUCAGGAAAACAGAAACGCACUGACAAACUGAAGGGGAAAUGCAGCAUCAUGUAGGUACAUGGCUGGUUAAACAUGGAUGAGACUAUAGUUAUAGAUAGAAUCUCUUUAUCUCAAAGGGGGAUAGAGAGUGAGAGUAAAGUGUGUUGUCAGUCAGUUGACAUAGUAAAUUCAUACAUAUUUCCAGUGGCCUGCCUCUCCCCCAGACCCUGGAGUUCAACAGUCCUAAGCGAUGAUUUGGCCUAGUCAUGUUCAAUUUGCUCAUGUUCACACAUGUGCACAUCACAUCCAUUAACCCCAUUCCAUCACUUACCACCAUUCUGAAGGGAUUGUAUCAGCAUCAUGUCAUUGUACACUAUUAGUUUAAUCUAUGAACGAACUAACUAACUAACGGGUGGUUGCUCUGAGAAACAUUCUUUUGAAUACACCCUCAUAUCCAUAAUGUUAAAAAUCUCUGUUGCUUAAGUUUCUUGAGCAUGGCUGUGUGGUGCUACCACAGGAUAAAUAACAAGUUUUGGUCCGUAUUGCUGUAUAUGCACAUGUGCUCUGACAGAAACAUGAAGCAAAGGACCAGGUGGUUUUGGAUGAGAAAAAUAUUAUGAACAUCAAUGUAAUUUCCUUUUGUCCUUUGUAUGAAUUGGACUGUGGUUUUAACCCAUUUUUUAAACAAGUAUAGAGAAAUUAAACAACUUUUAGACUUUGGAAACAGGGAAAUAACUAACAUAGAUAUUCUUGAUAAACCAAGUACUAUGGUUCCAAAGAUCUGUGCAAGUGUUGAGCAAAAGGCUACCCUCAAUUGUGCAGCUAACUCCAUUUGCAUGUUUGCUUUCUCUAUAUCAUACUAAUCCUUUGUAGCAGGUAAUAUUUAAGACAAUCAUUUUGUUAAAGGUACUGUUGGAAUAAGAUGUUUGCUAGUAGAAAUGAAAUAGAUCUCCAGAAACCCAUGCUCUCUUGAAAGCA